UUUUUAUUUUUAUCUGAAUCGUAUCAUUUGGCCAUAAUGAAUCCUAACAGAACAUGCCAUGUUUAUCCAUAGGAUAGGACCACCGCAUAUAUACUAUUUACACCCCUAUUCUGUAUUCUUAUACCCACUUCGACUAAACCCCAAAAAUUUAAUUUAAUAUAAACUGAGUUUACAAACUACUUUACAACCAAAACGAUUCAGAAUCAGAAACACAACCACCAAAAAGGUGAGAGAAAUUCACAUUUCUCUGCAAAGAUGGCAGCGCCAAGCUCUCAGCAUACGCAAAUUAUUGAAAUAAGUGGAGAACUUCCUGAUACCGGAAGGAAAAUUUGCGGGGAAGCAACAUGUGAGUUCUCAGAUGCGGGAUCCAUCUCGAAAGAUUCUGAAGAACGAUCAACUGCGAUGCGAAAGCUUUUGAUUGCUGUGUCCCUUUGUGUUGUUUUCAUGGCUGUUGAGGUAGUUGGUGGUAUCAAGGCUAACAGUCUUGCAAUACUGACUGAUGCAGCACAUUUGCUUUCAGAUGUUGCCGCAUUUGCCAUCUCCUUAUUUUCUAUAUGGGCUGGGGGAUGGGAGCCGAAUCCUCGUCAGUCAUUUGGAUUUUUUCGAAUUGAGAUUCUUGGUGCUUUGGUUUCGAUGCAAUUAAUAUGGCUGCUUGCUGGAAUUCUGGUAUAUGAAGCUAUUGCUAGACUCAUUGCAGGUCCUCAAAAUGUGGAUGGUUUUUUAAUGUUUGUAGUUGCGGCAUUUGGUCUUGUGGUUAACAUCAUUAUGGCUUUGGUGUUGGGUCAUGAUCACGGCCACGGACAUGGACAUGGACAUGGACAUGGACAUGAUCAUGGCCACGGACAUGAUCAUCAUGGCCACAGCCAUGGUCUUUCAGUUUCUACCAGUCGUGAUGUAAAGCAUACAAAAGAUGAGCAUCAUCACACACAUGACGAUCACACUCACCAUCAUGAUGAUGAAAAACAUUCAAAAGAUGAACACCACCAUACUCAUGAAGAUCAUGCACAUCAUCAUGACCAUGACCACAAAGAUGUUACUGAACCACUUCUUGGUGAAUCAAAAGCCAAAUCAGAGAAGAAACGAAACAUCAAUGUACACGGGGCUUAUCUCCACGUUCUUGGGGACUCUAUCCAGAGUGUCGGAGUGAUGAUUGGUGGAGCCAUCAUAUGGUAUAAACCCGAAUGGAAAAUUGUUGAUUUGAUUUGCACUCUAAUAUUUUCUGUAAUUGUUUUGGCCACAACUAUCAACAUGCUGAGAAACAUUUUGGAAGUCCUGAUGGAGAGCACGCCACGUGAGAUAGACGCUACUCAGCUUCAAAAAGGGCUAUUAGAGAUGGAAGAUGUUGUGGCUGUUCAUGAGCUGCACAUAUGGGCCAUAACAGUUGGGAAGAUAUUGCUAGCUUGUCAUGUUAAAAUCAAUCCUGAAGCAGAUGCUGACAUAAUGCUGGACAAAGUUAUCGACUACAUCAAGAGAGUUCAUAACAUUAGUCAUGUAACGAUACAGAUCGAACGCUAGUUUUUUCUUUUUCUUUUUGAAUCUGUUUUUUUGUAGUGAUGAUUUGAUGAGAAGGAUUUAGUUAGACUGGAUGCAUUUGUUUCUGGAACUCAACUUUCUCUAUGACAAUAAUACUUCUGUACACUCCUUGUUUCUAGAAGUUUAAGAGUGUGGAUAUGAGCAUUGUACA